AUGGAACUCUCGCAGGAAGAUUUAAGAAGAAAAAAACUGACUGAUUUAUCGCAAAAUCCCUUUCAACAAGCCAAAUUCAUUAGAACUAAUAACAUUGGAGAAAUUAUUCAAUUAUUUUCUCAAUUUAGUAAGGAAGAAUUAGCAGAAAAAAAGGAAAAAGUGAGCGUUGCGGGGAGAAUAUUAAGAAUAAGGAGUUUUGGUAAUUUGGCUUUCGCUAAUUUAGUCGACCAAACUGGAAUUAUCCAAUUAAAAGUUAGUAAGAAUAAGGAUUUUACCGAGUUGGAUAUUGGCGAUAUUAUUGGAGCAAAAGGAUCUGUUUGCAAGACUGAUAAAGGCGAGUUGAGUGUUGAAGUUAAAGAAUUUAUUUUGUUAAGUAAAUGUUUAAAGCCACUUCCGGAUAUUCAUUAUGGAUUUAAUGAUAUUGAAGAAAGAUUUCGCAAACGCUAUUUAGAUUUUAUUAUUAAUUCUGAAAAAAGAGAAAUCCUGGUCAUUCGCCACAAAAUAGUUAAAAAUAUUCGCCAGUUUUUAGACCAAAGGGAGUUUAUUGAAAUUGAAACGCCCAUCUUAGUUUCGGAAGCCUCCGGAGCCCAGGCCAAACCUUUUAUUACCCACCAUAACAAAUUACACCGUGAUUUUUACCUACGAAUCGCCACGGAAAUUCCUCUAAAAAAGCUGCUAGUUGGCGGUUUUGAAAAAAUUUAUGAAAUUGGAAGGAUUUUUCGUAAUGAGGGAAUAGAUGCUCGACACAAUCCUGAAUUUACCACCAUUGAAGUUUAUCAGGCUUAUGAGAACUCUGAAUAUAUGAUGAACUUAACUGAAGAGGUAUUUCAUUAUUUAGUCAAUAAGGUCCUUAAAAAAGAGGAGAUUGAGUUUAAUUCCCAUGUCAUUAAUCUUAAAAACUCCUUUCACAAAUUAUCAAUGAUAGAAGCAAUUAAAGAAUAUACUAACAUAGAUUUUUGCCAAAUAAUUAAUUUAGAAGAAGCCUUAGAAUUAACCAAAAAACAUAAUUUAAGAUUGGAAAAAUUUCAAAAAAGUAUUGGGCAUGUUAUUUUGGCCUUUUUUGAAGAAUAUGUCGAAAAAAAAUUAAUUCAACCGACUUUUAUUUAUGAUUAUCCAAUCGAAGUUUCACCAUUAGCCAAAAGUAAAAUUGAUAAUCAAAAUAUUGCGGAUAGAUUUGAAUUAUAUAUUGGUGGAUUAGAAUUUGCUAAUGGUUAUAGCGAGUUAAACGACCCCAUUGAGCAAAAAAAAAGAUUUGAGGAGCAAACUAAACAAAAAGAGUUAGGUAAUGAAGAAAUUGCUAGUUUUGAUAAGGAAUUUAUUGAAACCCUAGAGUAUGGCAUGCCACCGGCCGGCGGAUUAGGGAUUGGGAUAGAUAGGUUAAUAAUGCUAUUUACUAGUCAAAAUAGUAUUAAGGAAGUAAUUGCUUUUCCGCAGUUGAAAAGAAAAACCGAAAAAUGGUUCUCAAAGUUAGAACCAGUCAACAAAUCUGGAAAAGAAGAUGAAAUUCAAAAAUUUUUUGAAGAAAACUUAACGAAAAUAUUUCCUAAACUUAAACUAUUUGUUUUUGAAAAAAAUGGGAAAAAGACAACUAAAUAUAAUUUUAAAGGAGGGCAAUUAGAUGCCAUUGGUUGA